UAAAGCGUUCAUGUAAUUUUUGCUAAUUUAACUUGUCUCUUUGGAUUCCAGGUAGCAUUGUAGCUCGAAAGCUUGCAGCUUUUUACAGAGAGUCGCAUGAGAGCUGAACUCUGUGAGCUCGGAGGCUUCCUAGGUUUCACUAUAUCGGAACAUGUGUGAGUUGCAUCCUGUAUGUUGUCUUAGCCGGGUUGCAGAUUUAGAGGGUUCCAGCCGCUUGCUUGAUGGAAUAUGGAAAAGAAGUAUUCUACUGCUCAUCUUUCUGUUCUCAGAUGUUUCAGGUUCAUUUGUUGGGAUUAACAUUGGUACAGACAUUUCGAAUUUGCCAUCAGCAUCAAACAUAGUGUCCAUCCUCGAAGCUCAUAAGAUCAAACAUGUACGAUUAUUCGAUGCUGACCAUGAAAUACUCGCCGCCCUUGCAAACACUCGAAUAGAAGUUAUGGUUGGUGUUCCCAAUGACCAAUUACUACGAGUAGGGGAAUCUCAAUCAGCAGCAGCAGACUGGAUCAACAGAAAUGUUGCAGCCUAUCUUCCAGCAACAAACAUCACCUAUAUUGCAGUUGGCAAUGAAGUUCUUACCACCAUUCCUAAUGCUGCUCUUGUUCUUGUUCCUGCCAUGCAAUUUCUCCAGUCUGCUCUUCUAGCUGCUAACCUGAACUUUCAGGUUAAAGUCUCAAGCCCUCAAUCCAUGGACAUGAUUCCUAGAUCUUUUCCACCAUCCACAGCCACUUUCAAUUCAACUUGGAGCUCAAUAAUGUAUCAUUUUCUCCAGUUCUUGAAGAAUACAGGAUCCUCAUUCAUGUUAAAUGCACAGCCAUAUUAUGGUUACACAAAAGGAAAUGGCAUUUUUCCUCUUGAAUUUGCUCUUUUUCGAUCUCUCAAUCCUGACAAUCAGAUUGUUGAUCCCAACACCCUUUCCUUAUAUUCAAACAUGUUUGAUGCGAUGGUUGAUGCUGCUUACUUCUCCAUUCAAGCACUAAAUUUCUCAGGGAUUCCGAUUAUCGUGACGGCUUCAGGGUGGCCAUCGAACGGUGGGGAUAACGAACCGUUUGCUAAUGUGGAUAAUGCGUUGGCUUACAACACCAACCUUGUUCGGCAUAUACUGAACAAUUCAGGCACCCCCAGUCAACCGAAAAAUCCAGUUAAUGUAUACAUCCAUGAGUUGUUUAAUGAAGAUCUCCUGCCUGGGCCCCUUUCUGAGAAGAACUGGGGACUAUUUUUUCCAAAUAGAACGGUUCUAUAUGCUCUAGACUUUGUAGAUGUUGCUGACAGUGGCGCAGCCUUAUCAGGGAUGACUGGUAUUUUUUGUGUGGCUAAUUCUAGUGCUGAUCCGACAGAUGUGAAGCGAGGACUUGACUGGGUUUGUGGCCCCGGCGGUGCAAACUGUAGUGCCAUCCAGUCUGGGAAACCAUGUUAUGAAGAUGGUAAUAUUGUUGCUGUAGCUUCGUAUGCUUACAAUGACUAUUACCAUAGGACACAAGCAAGUGGUGGAACUUGUAACUUUGACCACACGGCUACAAUUACGACAAAUGACCCCAGCCAUGGCUCAUGCAUCUUUGCUGGGAGCUUGGGGCUCAACUCCAGUUCAAGCAGAAGUACAGGAUUUGGUCCUGUGAGCCCAAUCAAUGGCAUUACAAAGAAUCAGCUUCUUCCAUCACUGCAUAUAAUCAUUGUGAUAUUGCUUUCACUAUUCUACUUUUAGCUUGUCACUCACCAGUAUCAGUUUUGCAGACAAAUGAGCUCAAAAAGAAGUUAAGAUUUAGUUUUCUUUUGGGACAGCUUUCUUAUUGCUUCUUAAAGUAAUUUUUUAAUAUAAAAAUUAUAUUUUUUAUUAAAACGUUACUUUAAGAAGCAGUAAGAAAACUGCCCCAUUCAUUUGGGACGACUUUCAUGCUAAUUUCAAAAGCAAUUUUUUAGUACGAAAAAUUCUUAAACUAAAAAAAUGUGUACUAAAAAAUUGAGUUAGAAAAUAGUAAAAAAGCCGUCUCAAAGGAAGCCUUAGUUUAGCCUGUGAAUGAAAUUUAGGCCAAAUAUUCAUUAGAUGAGGAUGCAUGAUAAGCUUGUUGAGAUCAUUACCUCUAUAACUUCUGUAGAAAACUUGUUUAUUUAAUUAUUUGUAUUUUGAAUUUAAA